UGGGCUCCAAGGACAGAGGCAAGACCAGCUCGUGCAAGGUGGAGCCCCCGCGCCCACGGGGCAGACCAGUCCGCAGCCAUGAACGGCACGGAGGGCUCCAACUUCUACGUGCCCUUCUCCAACAUCACGGGCGUGGUGCGCAGCCCCUUCGAGUACCCGCAGUACUACCUCGCUGAGCCCUGGCAGUUCUCCGUGCUGGCCGCCUACAUGUUCCUGCUCAUCGUGCUGGGCUUUCCCAUCAACUUCCUCACGCUGUACGUCACUGUGCAGCACAAGAAGCUUCGCACGCCGCUCAACUACAUCCUGCUCAACCUGGCUGUGGCCAACCUCUUCAUGGUCAUCUGCGGCUUCACCACCACCCUCUACACCUCCAUGCAUGGAUACUUCGUCUUCGGGCCCACGGGCUGCAACAUGGAGGGCUUCUUUGCCACUCUGGGUGGUGAGAUUGCCCUGUGGUCCCUGGUGGUGCUGGCCAUCGAGCGUUACAUGGUCGUCUGCAAGCCCAUGAGCAACUUCCGCUUUGGCGAGAACCAUGCCGUCAUGGGUGUCGCCUUCACCUGGGUCAUGGCGCUGGCUUGUGCCGCACCGCCCCUCGCCGGCUGGUCCAGGUACAUCCCCGAGGGUAUGCAGUGCUCAUGCGGGAUUGACUACUACACACCCAAGCCUGAGAUCAACAACGAGUCCUUCGUCAUCUACAUGUUUGUGGUCCACUUCACCAUCCCCCUGGUCAUCAUCUUCUUCUGUUAUGGGCAGCUGGUCUUCACCGUCAAGGAGGCAGCAGCGCAGCAGCAAGAGUCGGCCACAACCCAGAAGGCGGAGAAGGAGGUCACCCGCAUGGUCAUCAUCAUGGUCAUCGCCUUCCUGAUCUGCUGGGUGCCCUACGCCAGCGUGGCCGUGUACAUCUUCACCCACCAGGGCUCUGAUUUUGGCCCCAUCUUCAUGACCAUCCCGGCGUUCUUUGCCAAGAGCUCCUCUAUCUACAACCCCGUCAUCUACAUCAUGAUGAACAAGCAGUUCCGGAACUGCAUGCUCACCACCAUCUGCUGUGGCAAGAACCCACUGGGCGAUGAUGAGGCCUCCACCACUGCCUCCAAGACCGAGACCAGCCAGGUGGCCCCAGCCUAA